AUGGCCCCGUUCUCUCCGGUGAAGCACAAUGUGGCUCCUGAGUAUGGAAAAACUUGGCAAGCCACCACAAGAGGAGAUGUUUACAGCUACGGAGUAUUGACAAUGGAGCUCUCAACGGGUAGAAGAGCAGUUGAUGAAGGAGAAGAGUGUUUGGUCGAAUGGGCAGGUAACAUGACAGCCAAAGGAAGACCAAACAUGAAAGAAGUUUUGGAUAUGUUUGUUAAGAUAUCGGGAAGGAGAAGGCUGAUUCCUUGGUUGAGAAGAAGUCGGAUGCGUUAA